GACGUGGCACAGUCGCACAGUAGUUCCGCUGGAUGUCCGCCGCUGGAACCUGGAUUAGUGAGCAACACCUCGGGACAGCUUCACACUUUACCGCAUUUCGGGUCCGACAUUUAGCCCCGUGCGGAAGACGGUCGUAUCACUCACCAAGUAUCGGAGCUUUAGGAAUGAAUUGAGGAUGAAUGUUAACCAACACACUCCGAUGGCCUCUCCCUAUGGCCAGCCACAACCUGGCUAUGGUCAGCCCACAUAUGCGCCGCUGGAUGGUGGGUAUCCGGCUCCCUACAUGCCCUACAACAGCCCUGCUAUAGGCUACCAGCCUGGUGCCCCACCACAGGGUUAUCCUUCUUUCUCAAGCUUUCCCUCUAAGGCUGUGGCAGCCAACCCUGCCUCUGACCUUCCCUCCCCUCUUGACUUGGGUCCUGCAAGGGGUCCACCCUCUGCAGCCCCACCUCCAGUGUCAGCCCCACAAAUGUACAAUCAGUACAGUCACAAUUCAGCAGAUGUACAGAAUGGACCGCCGACUAUGACUCAGGCUCCACCGAGGCCUGCCAUGUCUCAGCCAUACAACCAGGGUGCCGUUAACUUGUCUGGUCCACGGCCCAACUUUCCUCAACAAUACGGACAACCACCCACAAUGCAACAGGUCACCAACCAGAUGACUGGGAUGCAGAUUACACCCGGGCCUCAGACAUCUGCUGGGCCAGGCUAUGCACCUCCUCCUAUUUCUCAACCCCCUGGGCCAACCGCUUUCUCAAGUCCUCCUCCAACAUCUUUCACUCAGUCCCAAACUCUGCCUUGCUCUGCUGCUUCCCAACCGCCACCAGCCAGCGGUUCCGUAACUACCCAGCAAUAUUAUGGCGGUCCACCUCAAUCUCAGCAACCUUACAACUCUCUUCCCCCUACCUCCCAACCGCAGUUCACCUCCCAAGCACCCCUGCCUCCAUCCUCACAACAAGGGUUUUCUAACUCACACUACUCUGCUCCAGUGCCUCCACCCACACAAGCCCCUGCUGUGUCACAACCACAGCAAUCCCCCCCUCCUGCUCAGCCACCCUUUUCCUCAUCACUUCCACCUGUCAGCCAACCUGCCUUCAAUUCUGGCCCACCCUCAGCGGCACAGAGCUCUUUUCCACCCAGACCACCUCCUACCAUCUCCCAACCUGGGUCUUAUCCUCCUCCUGGUCCUCCAUCAGCUUCAGUUCCCCCAGGUGUAUACCCUGGUCCAAUUCCACCUCAGCCAACCCCAUCACAACCAUCACCUUACCACUCAGGUCCCCCUCCUCCUCAAGCUCAAAUGCCUCCCACGUCAAUGGCUCAAAGCAGCCAUAUGCCUCCAGUGGGUCCCCCUGGAGCUCUACCACGCCAGCCACAAACUACCAGCCAGCCAGGCAUGCCAGGCGGGUUUCCUCCCCAGCAAAAUGGGGCAUUUGGGCAGGUAAGAGCCCCUCAGCCAGGCUAUGCAGGCCCAUAUCCUGGCCAGCCUAACUACGGAGCUCCUGCACCAGCUCCUGCAGCACCUGCUCCAAAAAAACUUGACCCAAAUGCCAUUCCUAGCCCGCAAGCGUCUGACAUGCCGGCUGUGCAGAAAUCAAGACAUAGAAUAGAUCCAGACGCUAUCCCCAGUCCAAUCCAAGUAAUUGAAGAUGACAAGGCCAAGAUCACUGAGCCUUUCACCACCGGUGUCAGAGGCCAGGUGCCACCUCUUGUCACCACUAAUUUCCAUGUUAGAGACCAAGGUAAUGCCAGUCCCCGGUUCAUCCGCUGCACAGCCUACAACAUGCCUUGCACCGCCGAUAUGGCCAAGCAGUCCCAGGUGCCACUGGCUGCAGUCAUCAAACCUCUUGCAACCCUGCCGCCAGAUGAGAGUCCCCCAUAUCUGGUGGAUCACGGGGAGUCCGGCCCAAUCCGUUGCAACCGCUGCAAGGCUUACAUGUGUCCAUACAUGCAGUUCAUUGAGGGGGGGCGUCGCUUCCAGUGUGGCUUCUGUAGUUGUGUCACAGAAGUUCCUCCACAUUAUUUCCAGCAUCUGGACCACACUGGGAAAAGGGUUGACUGCUAUGACAGACCAGAACUUUCGCUGGGCAGCUAUGAGUUUCUGGCUACUGUUGAUUAUUGCAAAAACAACAAACUUCCUGAAGCUCCGGCCUUCAUAUUCCUCAUUGAUGUAUCCUACAAUGCUGUUAAGAGUGGAAUGGUCAACAUGGUCUGUGAAGAACUCAAGAAUCUCCUCGACUGCCUGCCUCGAGAAAACCCAGAAGCAGACUCUGUGGUCCGUGUGGGCUUUGUCACCUACAACAAAGUGUUGCACUUCUACAAUGUCAAGUCCAGCCUGGCCCAACCGCAGAUGUUGGUGGUGUCUGAUGUGUCGGAUAUGUUUGUACCACUUCUGGAUGGUUUCCUGGUGAACGUGAACGAGAGCCGGCUAGUUAUCGAGAGUUUGCUGGAUCAGAUUCCUAAAAUGUUUGCGGACACCAGGGAGACCGAGACAGUUUUUGGACCUGUCAUCCAGGCAGGGCUGGAGGCACUGAAGGCAGCAGAUUGUGCAGGAAAGCUGUUCAUGUUCCACACGUCCUUGCCAAUUGCUGAGGCUCCAGGAAAAUUGAAGAACAGGGAAGACAAGAAGCUGGUUGGCACUGAUAAGGAAAAGUCACUAUUUCAGCCUCAAGUCAACUUCUACAACACUCUGGCCAAAGAGUGUGUGGCUCAGGGCUGCUGUGUGGAUCUCUUCCUUUUUCCCAACCAGUAUGUGGAUGUUGCCACGUUGGGGGUGGUACCAGUUUCCACUGGGGGGUCCAUCUACAAGUACACCUACUUCCAGGCUCAGUCAGACCAGGAGAGAUUUCUAAAUGACUUGAGGCGAGACGUUCAGAAACCUGUUGGCUUUGAUGCAGUGAUGAGAGUACGAACUAGCACAGGUAUCAGAGCAACUGACUUUUUUGGCUCCUUCUUCAUGAGCAACACCACUGAUGUGGAGCUGGCAGGACUGGACUGUGACAAGGCUGUCACCGUUGAGUUCAAACACGACGACAAGCUCAGCGAGGAGACUGGUGCCCUGAUGCAGUGUGCCGUGCUGUACACCAGCUGCAGCGGUCAGCGGCGUCUUCGCGUGCACAACAUGGCCGUCAACUGUUGCUCUCAGCUGGCUGACCUGUAUCGUAAUUGCGAGACUGAUACCAUCAUCAACUUCUUCUCAAAGUUCGCGUUCCGUGGUGUCCUCAACAAUCCCACCAAAGCGGUGAGGGAGACCUUAAUAAACCAGUGUGCUCAGAUACUGGCUUGCUACCGCAAGAACUGUUCCAGUCCUUCAUCUACUGGACAGCUAAUUCUUCCCGAGUGCAUGAAGUUGCUGCCAGUCUACCUGAACUGUGUGCUGAAGAGUGACAUGCUUCUACCCGGAGCCCACGUCUCUCUGGACGACCGAGCCUAUUUGAGGCAGCUGAUCAGCUGCAUGGACGUGGCGGAGACUCAGGUCUUCUUCUACCCCCGUCUGCUGCCCAUGAUGAAGUUGGAAAGUGGCUCGUUGCCAGUGGCUGUCCGAGACUCUGAGGAGAGACUGUCCAAAGGUGGAGUGUAUCUCCUGGAGACCGGUCUACACCUCUUCUUGUGGGUGGGAGCCAGUGCCCAACAGGAGUUGCUGCUGAACAUCUUUGGUGUGUCCAGCUUUGGCCAGAUCGACCCUGGCAUGACAAGUCUGCCAGUCCUAGACAACCCACUUUCUCAAAGACUGCAUGAGAUUGUCGAGUCUUUCCGAGGGCAGCGAUCGAGAUUCAUGAAGCUGGUGGUGGUGAAGCAGGAAGACGGAUCCGAGCUAAUGUUCAAACACUUCCUGGUGGAGGACCAGAGCGUCAGCGGGGGAGCGUCUUAUGUCGACUUCUUGUGUCACAUGCACAAGGAGAUCCGCCAGCUUCUCAGCUAGACAUGCAGAGUCCCUCCAGAACUGUAUGACCCCUCUGACCCUCCUGGGCACCUUUCACUAUUGUGAAAUAAGAAGCGCUUUAUCUAUAAUAUUUUUUAAAACUAAUGAAAUAAAUCUGUCCUUGCUGUUGCUAAGAUCAGCCAGCAGGUGGCGCAUUCCCUGUGAAAGGUGAGAAGCAAAUGAUCAGUGAGAGUAACACUGCAGAGUAACACCUGACAGGCGAAGGCAAUGUAAAUACACAAACAUAUAUGUAUGCAACAGACUAGAGCAAGACGGCCAAUGGCGACUCCGUGGUCAUUCUAAAGCACUGAAGGCUGUUUGGGGCUUCAACAACCCUCCAAUAGCAAACUCUUUUUAUAAAACCGAGCCCAGACAGAGUGAUGGAUGACUAAAUAAUAACAGAUAAUGAAUUAAAUAAUUGUAACUGUGUGGGUGUGUGUGCGCAAUCAUGUGCGUCGGUGUCAAGUUGACCCUGCACAUGGCCCCGGAACAGAGGGAUAAGCACCCCAACAUACACACACACACACGAUCAGUGAAUUCAAAUUUAUCAUUUUUGUGUUCUUUUUAAUCAUUGUGUUUGUUUGGCGUGUGCGAGUGUGUAAUUCCCUCUGUUCCAUCGUGACCGAUUGACCGACCCGCCGUCUGUAAUCUUUGUUUCCUUUUUUUUUUUUUUCUUUCAUUUUUCUUUUGUUUUCUCAUGGCCUCUUGGGACUGCUAAUAAAAUCAUUGUUGAAAGUUACAUUCA